AUGUAUCUUUCAUUAACACAUAAUCUAUUUAUCAUGCUGCCUUUAUAUGCCACGGCUUUGAAGAACAGUACCAGACGAAAACAAGUAAUUAAUUAUAUUCUCAAUCAUGUGGCAAAACCUUCCCUAAAAGCUUUCAUAUAUGCCUACCUAUAUUUGGUUUUACCUAAAGCUAUCGGAAGAAUCGUCAGUGCUGUUCGAAAGAACAAAUACGAUAAGAUAUUCCCAAGAAUUAAGAAAACCAUGUUGAACGCUUUGCAUCCGCGUAAAUUUCCUAUGUUUUCGGCUGCUUUGGUUGCAGGAAUAAAUAUAUUGGAACCUCUUAUUUAUGGGCUUUUGAAAAAGAAUAAGAUAGCCAGGACUCCCACAUCAAAAUUGUUCAUAUCAACCCUCGUAUCUGCCUUGAUUUCUGCUGCAAUCACCUUUCCAGUAUAUCAACAACAUGUCCUUGGAUAUGGUAGAUACAACUCUUUGGAUUUGACUUUGUUGGUUGCAACAAGAGCUAUGGAUACUGCACUCUCAUCAUAUUUAUCUAAAGUUGUACCGCAAGGUGUUGCAAACUUUGGUGAUCCUCUUUUGUUUAUUGCAAGUUGUACUUGUAUAAUGUUUUGCUGGUUCUUCUACCCCGAAAAGCUUCCACCAAGUUAUCACAAAUGGAUAACGUCUGCUGCCAAUAUGGAUAUAGAAUUUUGGGAAGUAUUGAGAUUGGUAAGACAAAAGAAAUUAAUCUACGGCCAACAUGGUCCUUAUGAAGAUUUUUUGGGUCCUUAUUUUGAAAAACACGGUAGAGAUCCUAGAAGAGGAAACACCAUUGUCACACAGCCAAUUGAAUGUGAAGCGGUUCAUGCAUUCACGACAAAGAGUUGUGAACUCCAUGCAUUAUGGAGGUUUUGGAGAGGGUUCAAAUUUGCCCUUGGAGUAUAUGCACCUUUGAACUUGCUAAUGUUGAUUUUCCCACUGAAGACUAACAAGACUGUUCGUUUAAUUCGUGUAUUAAAGUCUUCAAUUAGAUCAUCUUGUUUCUUAGGGACUUAUAUCGGAUUGUACUGGUAUGCAGUUUGUUUGGCCAGAACUCGGUUAUUUCCUAAAUUAUUCCCAAAUAUCCCAAGAGCUAGAUUCGAUGAUACCAUAUGUGCUGCCAGUGGAGCUGUCAUGUGUGGAUUCUCGUCGUUUAUUGAAACCCCUCAACGUAGAAAAGAGUUGGCAUUAUUUGUUGCUCCUAGGGGUCUUGGUACCUUAGUACCUCUGGAGCCAACAAAGAGAAAUUUGAUAAUUGAAAGUUUCGUAUUUUCAGUUAGUUUGGCAGUUUUACUUGCAUACUCAAAAAAUAAUUCCAUGAGUGUGAGAGGUAUAUUUGGUAAGGGGUUAAAACAGGUUUUUAAUAUUUAA